AUGGGAUCAAUUCAGAUGGAUAAUCCCAUUCUUCAGAGAAUUAAUAAUUGUAGAACAUCAGAAAAGGUAGUGCUGUUAAUUAACAAUGUUGAAUUAUCAAUAAAUAAAUACUUUGCAAUUGCUAUUUCACAAAAAUGCUACACGAAGUAUUUAUCAGAUAAUACAAUUGCAAAAAUUGAUGCUAAUGCUGAUGUCGAAUCAUAUAAUACAUACAAUGUCUUAAGAGAAAUAUUGCAAUAUCAAAAAGCGAAGGUUGAAUUUGACGAUGUUGUUAUGAAAGAUCUUUUUCAUAUUGGAAUCGAACUUGAAAUCAAAGAACUAAUCGAUUUAUAUAAAACUCAAGUGAUUGACAAAAUGGAACUUGAUAAAAAUAAUUGUUUACAGUUACUUGAAUUUUAUUUCGAUAUCUCGCCAAGAUAUCCCCAUUAUUGCAGCAAGUUGCUCGAAUGUUGUGACUUUAUUUCAAAUCAUUUCUUCGAAAUCGAUCAAAACAAACUAAAAUCAAUUUCGAAGAAGAUCGGAUUCGACAUUCUUCAAAAGAUUGUGAUCAAUGAUAAAUUAUUAAUACAUGACGAAGAUUCAUUAGCAAAUUUUGUUCUUUCGCUCAUAGAAGUAAGUGAAAUUUUCUCUCCUUUAAUUGAAAAUGUUCAUUUCGAGUUUUGUAGUGAAAGCAUCGUUAAUAAACUCAUUGAUUUAAGUGAUGAAAUCAAUUACAAAAACAUCAUAAUAUCUCUUCAUGAUUCCUUAUUACGAUCUAGGUCUCAAAAUCAAAAAUUGAGUCGUUACAAUUUUAUAACAAAACUUGCAGAAUACAAAAAAUCCAAUGACGGCAAAAAAGCAUUUGAAAUUCUUGAUGAAAUUUCAAAAAAAGGAUUUCAAACAAUGACAACAGCUGCAUUUGCAGAAAUUGUCGACCAGAAUAAAUCUAUAUUUGGAAAUAUGAUAUUAAGAGAAGCAUCUUCGAAAGGAAAUCUCCCUUUGGUUAAGACUCUCAUUUCAAAUGAUUUUGAUAAAGAAUCAAAGGAUAAAAAUGGAAAUACCUCUCUCACUAUUGCAUCCUCUAAUGGUCACCUUGAUCUUGUUAAAUAUCUUAUCUCCAUCGGAGCAGAUAAAGAAGCGAAGAAUCAAGAUGGUGAUACUCCACUUAUUCGUGCAUCAUAUAAUGGUCACCUUGAUAUUGUUAAAUAUCUUAUCUCAAUCGGAGCAGAUAAAGAUGCGAAGGAUAAUAAUGGAUGGAAUUCACUCGAUUGUGCAUUGCAGAAUGUAGGGAUGCGUUAA